AUGACUGAAGAAUGGGAAUAUCGUAACAACUUAUAAUAUACUAAAAAUGAGAUAUUUUAAGUUCUUUUACUUAAGAACAAUGUAUGGCUCAGUAUAAGAGAAAUUGAAGAUAUUCUUAAAUAAAGACCAGAUUAUGGCUCAAUUCAUAUUAAAAUUAGAGAUGCAAUUGAAGAUUCAAUAAAUAAUGAUAAAAAUAAAGAUGAAUACUAAAUUGUUAGUGACAAAAUAUCAGUUAUGAAUACUAAUAAUACAACAGGAAAGUAUAGACUUAAAACAGAAAAUAUAAAUGAUAAAAAAUAAUUGGAAGAAUAUUUCCAAGAUAAAAAAUGCAUAUUAUAUGUGAAUCACAUUUGGUUUGAAUCAGUAAUUAAUAAUCAAAAUUAAUUAAUAGUGUUAUCCAUAAAUGAGAUAAGAUAUCAUAGCAUUGGAAUCAGAGGCAAAAUUAUUAGUAUCUAAGGGAAGAGAUAAUAAAAAAACAUAUAUAUACAUUAAUUCACAUUAUGCAAAUUUUUAAGAGAAAAUGUAAUUUAAAAAAGAUUAAAGAAUAAUAUAAAUGAUUGAAGAAGCAAAGACUUAGAAUUAGGAACAUGUUGCAUCAUCUCAACAUUAACGUUAAAAUUAAAUCAAAGCAUAAGAAACUUUUCGAAGAAAUACUGCUAUCUAAAAUUAUUGGAUUCCAGAACUAUAAUAAGAAUUAUAAAGAAAAUGA